AUGAGUAAACGUUUGGCAAAACUCCAUAAGCCCUGCGAUAAGCUGGACAAAUAUGACAACGAACCGUACAUGCAGAACCCGUUGCUGAAGUUGUUCCUCUCGGAGGUGAAGGAACGACGCCAUUAUAGCUUCAUUCGGCGAAAAGCGGCGGCAGAGAAGAUUAAAAUUUGUCGCAGCAAAACGGUGGACUUUGAAGAUGUUAUACCACGCCCCCAGUCGUAUUACGCGGAGCAGCUGCGUGAGCAUGCGAGACGUGCUCCAGUGCCGAAGAUGCUGUCCAGUACCGAGGAGAAGAUUCUGUCCUACGUGCCGAAGCGCCUGCGGGCUCAGUAUCCGGGUGUGCUGGCCGCUUACAUGACCGACGUACAUGCAGAGUUCGAUAAGGUAAUGAAAGCGUACAGCUGCCAGAAGAUCCUCAAGCCCGGCCCGGAUGAUUACGUCCCCGAGCGGAUAAAGUUCGAGUUCAAGCGUGUCGGCCGUACGGAAAACUAUCGCAACUACCUUCGCAGCAAGGCUUACAUUCAGAAGAAUCUCCUGCUGCCGUAUCCGUUCGUGCGAUGCAUCGUGCACUACGCGUUCACCGAUCUGCCGGUGUACUUGAACGACUACGCUCGGUACCGGACGGGAGAGGAGAUUACUCUGAACGAGCUGCGCGAUCUUAUUAAAAAGGACCUCCAAGCGGUCGGCGCGCUGAUAGCGGGUCAAUGGUACCCGAAGAUUGUGGCGAUACUGAAGAAACACUACGAGCGUCGUGCGCUGCCGAAAUCGAUGUGGCCGAAGGUGUUGAAUUGCGCCGGAGCACUUAUAAACCGUGAGCUGAACGAGGCGAAGCUCCGCACCAUCCGGCACCUGCAGGAAACGCUUCUGAACGUGCGCCAAAUCCCGCAGAUGAAGAUCCUGGCGAUCUGCGAUGAUGGUAUCGAUCUCUUCCCAAGUCUCAACGAUAUCUACAGCGUGUAUCAGAACGCGAUCGACGAUGUGAUGGCUGUAGGGAAUCGCCUGGACUGCCUCGAGUCACUGGUGGAUCCGACCACGUUCGAGCCAAAAAGCCCACCGUACUUGCGCGUCGGCAUUGCCGAUCGUUGCGUGCAGGAAGCGCACGAACAGGUGCAGGAGGCACUCACGAAGGCUUUCCAACCGCUGACGGAGUACUUGAGCGAUUUCCAGGCACGAUUCGCGGGGCUCCUGUGUCCCUCGACUAAGGAAGACUUGGAUGAAUUUCUCUCCGAGCCGCGCACGUUCGACGAGUACAUGGCGAAGAUAGAAGCGUUCCAGCACUACAAAGAGAUGAUCCGCGCCAUGGUGCAGAAAGAAUACUUUCCGAUGGCGAUCGUCAAUCAAUCCGAUGCGAUUGGCAGCCUGCGGAAGAUCGUGGAACGGUACAUCGAUCGCGUUGCCAACCACAUUGCGAUCGAGCAUCGACGCGAGCUGGACCGAAUCUGCAAGGAAUUCGUGGAGAUAAAGGAAAAGGCCCUAGAAAUACCAACCUCCACCGAGCAGCUGAUGGCGAACGGGGAGUACAUGACGCGCGUGAAGUCCGAAAUUAUCGAUGAAUUGCGGGAUAAGAUACAGACAACCAUGCGAGUUAACGCAUACCUGGUCGAACUGAUGGAGCUUCCGGCCGAUCAGAUCGAGCUUCAGGUAGACAGUGUCAACUGGUACUUCCGUAUUCAGUCCGUGUUCGAGAUCAACUCGACCAACUUCGAGCAGUACAAGUUUUCGUUCGAAGAAAAGCUGCAGGAGGUGACGAAGCAGUUGAACGAAAAAAUGGAAGAAAUGAUACCCCACAUCGCGAUCAUCAAUGACAUGACGGAGACGGAGAAGUUCAGGGACUACAUCGUCGUCCUGCACGGCUACAUUGAUCAGAUCUUCGUAUUUGAGGACUACGUCAAGUGGAUCAACAAGGAGGAGGUGCUGUUCAAGUUCCCCAAGUCUCAGUACACGGUGCUCGAGGCGAUCAAAUCAUUCGUCGUACCAUUCUAUAAACUCAUCCGAUUGUGUAUGCGCUGGUUGCGUUACUACAACGUUUGGAUGGACGGUCCGUUCGAGUAUCUGGAGCCACACUUUGUUGAGUCGAAGACGGAUGAGUUUCUGAAGGAGUUCCAAAAAACGCAGAAGUACUACCGCAACCGUAUCAAGGCGGACAUGUUAGAGAACACGUUGUGCAAAUUUAAGGGACAAACGGAAGAUCCCGAUCCGGAGAAACAUCCCUGUCCACUGAAGCUGUGCGCUCGCAUGAGUCAAUCGAUUAAGGACUUCCAUCUCGGUGUGUACGUGGUGAAAAUCAUGUGCAACCCAGCGCUGAAAGAUCGCCACUGGGACGAGAUGUCGGAAAUUGCAGGAUUCGAUCUGACGCCAGAUGCCGGAACCACGUUGCGCAAGAUCAUCAACUACAAGCUGGAGAAGGAUCUGGACAAGUUCGAGAUCAUCAGCAUCGGUGCGAACAAGGAGUUGGCGCUACAGCAAAGCCUGCAGGCGAUGAUAGCCGAGUGGGAGGACAUUGUAUUCAAGCUGGGUGCGUUCAAGGACACGGGCAUUAACAUUCUGACGGGGUUGGAUGAGAUCCAGGCCGUGCUGGACGAUCACAUCAUGAAGACGCUCGCCAUGCGCGGCUCGGCGUUCGUGAAACCGUGCGAGAAGGAGGUCAAGGAGUGGUACCAGACGUUAACGCGCGUCAACCGAACCGUAGACCAGUGGGGAAAGGUACAGGGAAGCUGGCUGUAUCUGUUGCCUAUCUUCUCGUCCAAGGACAUCGUCGCUCAGAUGCCGAACGAGGGGCGGAUGUUUCAGCAGGUGGACAAAACGUACCGCAUGUACAUGCGCACAGUGGAGGUAAAUCGGUCGGUGAUCGGAGUGGCCGCUGCCAAGGGUGUGCAGGAGGCGAUGGAGCAGUCGAACGAGCUGCUCGAGGAGAUCACAAACGGUGUGAACGAGUACCUCGAGCGGAAGCGACUGUACUUCCCGCGGUUCUUCUUUCUCUCCAACGACGAGAUGCUGGAGAUUCUGUCCGAAACGAAGGAUCCGCUGCGCGUGCAGCCGCAUCUGAGCAAGUGCUUCGAGGGUAUCAAUCGGCUCGAGUUUGACGAACGACUGGACAUUCGGUCAAUGUUUAGCAUCGAGCGGGAGCAGGUGCAGUUUGUCGAGCCUGUUUCAACAGUGGAAGCGCGCGGUAGUGUGGAGAAGUGGUUACUGUGGGUCGAAUCUGGAAUGCUUGGUGCAGUGCGGCAUGAGAUCCGGGAGUCCUAUCGGGCGUAUCGGGAGAAAACCCGAUGCCAGUGGGCCCUGGACUGGCCGGGUAUGGUGGUGCUGUGUGUAUCGCAGAUCUACUGGGCAGCCGGCAUUCAUCAGUGCUUCCGGAAGCGCAACAACACCCUGAUACUGGAUCUGUUCGAGCGGCUACAGGUGGAGCUGAUGGACGUGGUGGCGUUGAUGCGCUCCAAGGACCUCACGAACCUGCAGCGCAUCACCGUCAAGGCGCUGAUCGUGAUCGAUGUGCACGCGAAGGACGUCGUGCAGGAGUUGAUCAGAAAUCGCGUCAGUGCGGAGGAUGAUUUUCAAUGGUUGGCCCAGCUGCGCUACUACUGGGAGGGCGAGCAGGGGGAACAGGAUGGGCGGAUGUCCCCCACCGAAACCGGGGAGGAGGGGGGCGUAAUGGUGAAGAUCAUCAACGCGGCGGUUCCAUUCGCCUGCGAGUACCUGGGCAAUUCUGACCGGCUUGUUAUCACUCCGCUGACCGAUCGCUGCUAUCGGACGCUGAUGGGCGCCUACCAGCUCCACUUGAACGGCGCUCCGGAGGGUCCGGCCGGGACGGGUAAGACGGAAACGACGAAGGAUCUAGCGAAGGCGCUUGCCGUGCAGUGUAAAGUGUUCAACUGUUCCGACGGGCUCGACUACAAGGCGAUGGGAAAAUUCUUCAAGGGCCUCGCCUCCUCCGGGGCGUGGGCCUGCUUUGAUGAGUUCAACCGGAUCGAGCUGGAGGUGCUGUCGGUGGUGGCGCAGCAAAUUCUCUGCAUCGUUCAGGCAGUCCGUGGUGGCGUGCAGCGGUUCGUCUUCGAGGGUACCGAACUAACACUCAACCCGGCAUGUUAUGUUUGCAUCACGAUGAAUCCCGGCUACGCAGGUCGCUCGGAGCUGCCGGACAAUUUGAAGGUGUUGUUCCGUACGGUGGCCAUGAUGGUACCGGACUAUGCGAUGAUUGGCGAGAUCUCGCUCUACUCGUUCGGCUUCACGGACGCGCGCACGUUGGCGGUCAAGAUCGUCACUACCUAUCGACUGUGCUCGGAGCAACUCUCCUCCCAGAACCACUACGACUAUGGUAUGCGUGCCGUUAAGACCGUCCUGCAGGCAUGCGGAAAUUUGAAGAAGGCCCUCCCGGACGAGGAUGAAGAAAUAAUUCUCCUGCGAUCGCUGCUCGAUGUCAAUAUGCCCAAGUUCCUCGCCAAAGACAUCCCACUAUUUGAGGGCAUCAUAUCGGACCUGUUUCCAGGUGUCGCGCUACCCCGCGCCGACUACACCCAGCUGGAGCGAGCGUUCCGGGAGGUGUGCACCGAGCAGAACCUUCAGCCGCGCGGUACCUUCCUCGAAAAGGUCAUACAGACGUACGAGAUGAUGAUCGUUCGGCAUGGUUUCAUGCUGGUGGGGCGGCCAUUUUCCGGCAAGUCAACUACCCUGCGCGUGCUGUCCGCAUGCCUUGCGAAGCUGAAAAACGCCCGCACCGCCAAUCCGUAUUUCCAGCGCGUCCAGCUAGAGGUGGUCAACCCGAAAGCGAUCACCAUGGGCCAGCUGUACGGAGCGUUCGAUCCGAUCUCGUACGAGUGGACGGAUGGUAUCGCGUCGACGAUAUUCCGCCGACAUGCGAUGGAUACCGCACCGGACCGGAAGUGGCUCGUGUUCGACGGACCGGUUGAUGCGGUUUGGAUCGAGAACAUGAACACCGUGCUGGAUGACAACCGCAAGCUGUGCCUGACGUCCGGCGAGGUGAUCACCAUGACGGCCAACAUGUCAAUGAUAUUCGAAGUGAUGGAUCUUGAACAGGCAUCGCCAGCAACGGUGUCCCGAUGCGGAAUGAUCUUCAUGGAGCCGUCGGUGAUCGGGUGGGAAUCGUUCGUAGAGUCGUGGAUACAGCGGUGCAACAAUAGCUGGACACACGACUGGCACGAUCUGUUGAUGGAGUUGUUCCGCUGGUUGAUCCCGGACUGUUUGGAGUUCAUCCGGACGCACGGCCAUCAGUAUCUGCAUCCGGGUGACACCAACCUGCUAAUGUCUACGCUGCAUAUCUUCGAGAUGAUAAUCGACGAAGCGUGCCACGAGAGUCCGGAUGAGUACGGCAAGUAUCUGUUUACCUGGUUCCAGGCGGCGAUGAUGUACGCGGUGGUCUGGGGGCUCGGCGGUGUGCUCGAUAUGGAGUCGAAGAUUAAAUUUGAUGAGUUUUAUCGGGAGAUUUGGAAGGGUACUGACGAACUGCAUCCCAUACCGGAAGUGGUCGGCAAGAUUGACGUAUCGAUGCCGGGCGAAGGGAUGAUCAUCGACUACGUUUAUCACUUCAAGCAGAAAGGAUCGUGGCGGUACUAUCCGGAUAUGGUUCGGCAGAUGAAGAAUGAAGUAGGAUUUACGUUGCUCGUGCCAACGCUCGAUUCCGUUCGCUAUAUGCACAUUCUGGACAUACACGUAAAGAACAAGAAACCCCUGUUGCUCGUCGGCCCCACCGGAACGGGUAAGACGUACUACAUUCAAAACUACAUGAUGAGCAAGAUGGAUCAGGAGAAGUGUCUACCGACAUUCAUCACCUUCACGACGCAAAUCAGCGCCAACCAAACGCAGGAGCUGGUCAUCUCGAAGCUGAUCAAGAAAAAGCGCGGCAUUUUCGGUCCUCCGAAUGGCAAAACCUGUGUCCUGUUCAUUGACGACAUGAACAUGCCGGUGAAGGAGGUGUACGGGGCGCAGCCUCCGAUAGAGCUGAUGCGACAGUUCUUCGACCAGGGUCACUGGUACGACCUGCGGGACACAUCCAAGGUGCACCUGAAGAAUAUCCUCGUUAUGGCGGCCUGUGGGUUGGUCGGUGGCAGCCGGCAGGAUGUGUACGAGCGGUUCCUCUGCCACUUUAACAUUUUCGCGAUCAGUAACUUCAACGACGAAACGAUGUUCAAGAUAUUCUCGGCCAUCCUGCUCGAUGGCUACAAGAAAGGCGGCCAUGCGUCGGACGUGAUCAACAUGGUGAACAUGAUUGUCAAUGCGACGCUCGAUACGUACCAGUUCGCCUGCGUGCAGCUGCUGCCGACACCGGCCAAGUCGCACUAUAUCUUCAACCUACGGGACGUCCUGCGCGUCAUCAGUGGGUGCGCGAUGCUGAAGCGCGAAUCGGUGGAGAGUAAGAAGAUAUUCCCGAAGCUCUGGCUGCACGAAUCGAUGCGUAUCUUCUACGAUCGCCUCGUGAACGAUGCCGACCGGGCGUUCGUGUUCGACAAGUUGCUGCAGAACCUGCGGACGUUCUUUAAGGAGAAACCGGAAGCUUUGCUACCGGAGCUGUUCGACGAGUCCACCGGCGAGGUGCAGCUGGACAGCUUGAGCAAUCUCAUGUUCGGCAGUUACUUCGACGCGGACGCCGACACCGAGGACCGCAAGUACGAGGAAACGGCCCAUGUCGAGCAGCUGCGCGAUCUGGCCGGUAAGGCGUUGGUCGAGUAUAACAGCUCGCAGGCUAAGGCGAAGAUGGAUAUCGUGUUGUUCCAGUACGCGCUACAGCACCUGAACAAGGUGUGCCGGGUGAUUUCGAUGGCGGGCGGAAGUUCGCUGUUGAUCGGUAUGGGCGGAUCGGGGCGCCAAUCGCUGACCAAGUUGGCCGCUCAGAUCUGCGGCCAGUCGCUGUUUCAACCGGAGAUAACCAAGUUCUACGGGUUGAACGAAUGGCGGGAGGAUCUGAAGAAGGUGCUCAAGGAGGCCGGUGGUCUCGGGCAUGACACGGUGUUUCUGCUGACCGAGGCGCAGCUACAGCAGGAAGCAUUCCUGCAGGACAUCGAUUGCCUGCUGAAUUUGGGUGAAGUGCCGAACAUAUUCGCCAUCGACGAGAAGCAGGAAAUUCUGGAGAUGGUCCGAUUAGCGGCGCAAGGUGGCAACCGUAACCUUGACAUUAGCCCGUUGGAGGUGUUUCAGUUCUUCGUGAAUCGUUGCAAGCAGAAGCUGCACAUUGUGAUUUGCUUCAGUCCGAUCGGCGGCACUCUGCGGACGCGCAUUCGUCUCUACCCCUCGCUGGUGAACUGUUGCACAAUCGAUUGGUUCGACGCGUGGCCAGAGGAUGCGCUGGAAAAGGUGGCCGAAAAGUACAUGAAAGAGCUGAGCGUGACGGCGGAGGUGAAGCGCUCGAUCGUGCAACUGUGCAAGCACUUUCACGUGAUUGCGCGGGACGUUUCGCGGGAGUUUACGGCCGAAACGGGCCGCAUUACGUACAUCACGUCCGCCUCCUACCUGGAGCUGAUUAAAUCGUUCCGCAAUCUUACCCAGCGGCAUCAAUCGGAGAUCAUGAACAACAAGCUGCGCUAUCUCGGUGGUCUGGAUCGGCUGAGUGCGGCCGCCGAUGCCGUGUCGAAGAUGCAAACCGAACUGAACGCCCUCCAGCCGACGCUGAUCGUGAUGGCCGAGAACUCGCGCAAGAUGACGGAAGAGAUCGAAAAGGAAUCGCUCGAGGCGACGGCCGCCACGGAGCAGGUCAAGAAGGACGAGGUUGUGGCGAACGUGCAAGCGGCCGAAGCCCAGGUCCUUAAGGCGGACUGCGAAAAGGACCUGGCCGGUGCGAUCCCGAUCCUCGAGGAAGCGAUCCAAGCGUUGAACACACUCAAACCGACCGACAUCACGCUUGUGAAGUCGAUGAAAAAUCCGCCCGAAGUGGUGAAGCUCGUCAUGGCUGCGGUGUGCGUCAUGAAGGGCAUCCCACCGGAUAAGGUGGCCGAUCCGGCGACCGGCAAGAAGAUGCUCGACUACUGGGGCCCAAGCAAGCGGUUGCUCGGCGAUCUGGCGUUUCUGCAGACGCUGAAGGACUUCGACAAGGACAGCAUCAACCCGGACAUUAUGCGCAAAAUCCGGAAGGACUUUAUCCCGCACAAAGACUUUCAGCCACACAUCGUGGCGAAGGCUUCGAGUGCCGCCGAGGGCCUUUGCAAGUGGAUCAUCGCCAUGGAUCUGUACGAUGCGGUGGCGAAGAUUGUCGCCCCCAAGAAGGAGAAGCUGAAACAGGCGGAAAAGGAGUACGCAGAGACGAUGGCGAUCCUGAACGAGAAGCGGCUGUUGGCAGCGAACCUCGAGCGGCGUGUGGCGGAAUUGAACGACAACCUCGAGAUUGCAAAUCGCAAAAAGCAGGAGGUGGAGGAUGAGGUGCAGCUGUGUAAGGACAAGCUGCAGCGUGCCGAGACGCUGAUCGGAGGACUCGGUGGUGAGAAGUCGCGCUGGAUCGCAUCGGCCGAGCACCUGCAGCGACUGUACGACAGUCUGGCGGGAGAUAUACUGGUAUCGAGUGGCGUCAUUGCCUACCUGGCACCGCUUACCGCCCACUUCCGAAACCGGUGCAUCGGUGAGUGGCAUAAGCUCUGCGUUGGUAACAGCAUUCCCUGCUCGCCCGAGUACAACCUGGUGGAGGUGCUCGGCUCGAAGAUAAAGAUCCAGAACUGGAACAUCGCCGGCCUUCCGACGGAUGCGUUCUCGACUGAGAAUGCCAUCAUCAUGGACUGCUCGUCGCGCUACAGCCUCUUUGUCGACCCUCAGCUGCAGGCCAACAAGUGGAUUCGCAACAUGGAGCGUAACAACCAUCUGGUGGUGGUGAAGUUCUCGCAGGCGGACUACAUGCGUAAAAUUGAGAACUGCAUCGAGCAGGGCUACCCGGUGCUGGUGGAAAACGUGUUCGAGGAGCUGGAAGCCCCACUCGAUCCUCUGCUGAACCGGAACACCUACGUGCAAGGUGGUGUCGAGUACGUCACGCUCGGAGAAAACGUGCUUCCACUGUCGCCAAAGUUUCGCCUCUAUCUCACCUCGAGCUUGCGGAACCCACACUAUCUGCCCGAGGUGUACAACAAGGUGACGGUGAUCAACUUUGCACUCACCAUUCAAGGGCUCGAGGAUCAACUGUUGGGCAUCGUCGUGGCGAAAGAGCGUCCCGAUCUGCAGGAGCUGCGCCAGAGCUUGAUUCUGCAGGGGGCCAAAAAUGUCGCCAUGCUGAAGGACGUGGAAGACAAGAUCCUGAAGACACUGUCGGAGUGCAAGGGUGACAUUCUGGAGGACGAAAGUGCGAUCAAGAUUCUGGACGACUCGAAGCGCAUUUCGAGCGAAAUCGUACGCAAACAGGAGGACUCCCGGGAAAUUGAGCAGAAGAUCGAAGCCUUUCGGCAGAGCUAUCGACCGGUGGCGAUGCACUCCUCGACACUGUACUACUGCAUCACGGAGCUACCGAACGUCGAUCCCAUGUAUCAGUUUUCACUGGCAUGGUUCGUCAAUUUGUACGUCUACUCGAUCGAAAACGCAAACCGCACGAAGGAGCUCUACCGACGCCUGAAGUACCUGAUGGAUGCUGUCACGCUUAACCUGUACAACAACGUGUGUCGCUCGCUGUUCGAGAAGGAUAAACUGCUGUUUUCCUUCAUACUCACAACGAAAAUUAUGAUCUCCUGCAAUCAGAUUGACCCGCGCGAGUUCAAGUUUCUUCUUGGUGCAAGCGAAACGCCUACGGAUCGCCCGACCGAACCCAAUCCAGAUGUCAGCUGGAUCACUGUGAAGCUUUGGGAGGAUGUUUGCCGUUUGGAGCAGUUGCCAGAUUUUGCUGGAUUUGUGGAGAGCUUCAGCGCCAACCUGUCCCUCUGGCGAGCGUACUACGAUGCGGAGGAGCCUCAGAUGUUGAAGCUUCCGGAACCGUGGGAUGAGAAGACGAACCGAUUCGAAAAGCUGAUCGUGCUGAAAACUGUCCGGCCGGAUAAGUUUGUGCUCGCCAUUACGGAGUUCGUGGCAUCCGAAAUGGGCCCACCGUACGUGGCGCCGCCGCCAUUCGAUAUCGCGCGCUCGUUCGAGGACUCCAACUGUCUGACGCCGCUGAUCUUUAUCCUCUCGGCCGGAGCCGACCCAAUGAAUGCACUUCUGCUCUACGCCGAAAAGAUGGGCUUCGACGAAACGUUCCAGUCGAUCUCGCUGGGACAAGGCCAGGGACCGAUCGCGCAACGCAUCAUCGAGAAGGCACAGGAGGAGGGUAGUUGGGUUUGCUUGCAGAACUGCCAUCUGGCCGCGUCGUGGAUGCCAACGCUCGAGUAUUUGUGGGAAAACAUGGACCACUACAAUACGACCACUUCGUUCCGGCUGUGGCUCACGAGCUAUCCCUCGGAGCAGUUCCCGGCAAGCAUCUUGCAGAAUGGCAUCAAGAUGACGAACGAGCCACCGACGGGAUUGCAGCAGAACCUGCUCCGGUCCUACCACUCGGAGCCGAUGAACGACGAUGCGUUCUACACGGGAUGUCCCGGGAAGGAUCGUGCGUUUUCCAAGCUACUCUUCGGUGUGUGUUUCUUCCACGCGGUCGUCCAGGAGCGGCGCAAGUUCGGUCCACUCGGAUGGAACAUUGCGUACGGGUUCAAUGAGUCCGACUUUCAGAUCUCCGUGCUUCAGCUGCGACUGUUUGUCAACCAGUACGACGAGAUUCCAUACGAAGCGAUCACGUACCUGACGGGUGAGUGCAACUAUGGAGGUCGCGUGACAGACGGCUGGGAUCGCCGUGCGAUCGUCACCAUCCUGGAGGACUACGUUAACGAGCACGUCGUCAAUGAUCCCAACUAUCGCCUGUCGUCGCUUGCCGAAUGCUACGGUAUUCCGCUGCGCAACGAGCACCGUGAGUACCUGGCGCACAUUGCCAACAACAUACCAAACUUCCCGAGUCCGCUGGUGUACGGGUUACAUCCGAAUGCAGGCAUUACCCGAGAUCUGUCUGCUUCGAAAACGUUGAUCGAUGCAAUGAUACUAACGCAAGGAGGCACCACCGGAGGAAGCGACGCCGAGCUCGAGCAGCAGGUCUUGGCGACGGUGGACGAAAUCUUUGCACUCCUGCCGGAAGAUUAUAACCUAGACGCGGCCAAGCGGCGCUAUCCGGUGGACUACGGGGAGUCGAUGAACACCGUCCUGGUUCAGGAGAUGGAGCGUUUCAAUGCUCUGCUCGGCGAAAUCCGAUCGAGCUGCGUUAACCUGCGUAAAGCCAUUGCUGGGUUGAUCGCACUGACUCCCCAGCUCGAGUCGGUGUUCGGAGCGAUCCAGCACCGCCGCAUACCGGCCAGCUGGAUGAAGAAAUCUUACCCAAGUCUCAAACCAAUCGGUUCGUACGUGGUCGACUUUCGGCGCCGGCUCGACUUUCUACAGCAAUGGCACGACGAUGGAAAACCGUGUGUGUUCUGGCUCUCUGGGUUCUAUUUCACACAAGCCUUCCUGACGGCGGCCAUGCAGAACUAUGCCCGUCGCUAUCGCAUCCCAAUCGACAUGCUAACGUACGACUUUAAGGUUCUUCGGGCUGACGGGACACUGUCCGAACCGCCCGAGGAUGGUGUGUACGUGAAUGGGUUGUUUUUGGAGGGCGCUCGCUGGGACCGGGAGAAAGCCUGUCUCGACGAACAGCUGCCGAAAAUGUUGAUCGAUACCAUGCCCAUCCUACAUUUGCUGCCAACUAAAUUGACUGAAUUGCACGAAGGUACCCGCUACAAGUGUCCGGUUUACAAGACGGCGGAACGAAAGGGUACCCUCUCCACCACCGGGCACUCGACGAACUAUGUGCUGCCGGUUCUGCUGGCGACGCAAGUUCCCGCGAACCAUUGGGUGAAACGGAGUGUUGCCUUGCUUUGCCAAACGUCCGACUGA